CGCAAUCUCUUCCUCCAAAUUGAGGGAGGGAAAGAGGGAGGAAGAGAGUGCCAGAGAGGAGAGGGAGAAGCGGCGGGGAGCGGAGUCCCGGAGAAGGAGAGGAAGAAGCAGAAAGAAGGGAAGGGAGGACUGGUGGUGGUCGUGGUUUCUGUGCGGUUAGGGAAGGAUGCCGAAGAACAAGGGAAAGGGAGGUAAGAACAGGAAGAGGGGAAAGAACGAGGCGGACGACGAGAAGAGAGAGCUGGUGUUCAAGGAGGACGGGCAGGAAUACGCGCAGGUGCUUCGGAUGCUCGGGAACGGGCGGUGCGAGGCGAUGUGCAUCGACGGGACCAAGCGGCUCUGCCACAUCAGGGGAAAGAUGCACAAGAAGGUGUGGAUCGCCGCCGGGGACAUCAUCCUCGUCGGGCUGCGCGAUUACCAGGACGACAAGGCCGACGUCAUUCUCAAGUACAUGCCCGACGAGGCCAGGCUCCUCAAGGCCUACGGUGAGCUUCCGGAGAACACCCGCCUCAACGAGGGCAUCACCGGCGGCCUUGACGACGAGGACGAGGGUGGCGCCGACGACUAUAUCGAGUUCGAGGAUGAGGAUAUCGAUAAGAUCUAAGAUUAGGGAACUCUGGCGUGCCAUGUUGGCCUGCGAAGUUUCAGUAUGGACGAUGUGUUACAGGAGAUUUGGCAGUUGUUGCCUAUGGACCAUUUAGAUAAGAUCAUAUAGUAGUAUUUACGUGUUAUCUCAACCUCUAGAAAUGGAACAUGAUUCUGUAUACCUUUUUCAUGUCUCUGGACAAAUAAUGAGUGAUGAAUUUGCCUUUUGGAAUUUUGGUGGAAUGAUGCUAUUGUGCAGUCUGGGUGAAUCUGAUGAACCAAUUCCCUGUUUUCUAUCGUUGGAAGAUGGAAUUAGCAGGCUAUUUGUGAUUGAUUAUGUCAA